AUGGCAUACACACUCGAGGAUGGUAUCAAACGCCAACAUACCUUCACCCCUUAUGUGGCAUUCGUGCUGGCCAUCCUCGGUACUGGGUCUAUCAGCUAUGGGUACACCGCAGCAAUCAUUGGGACAACACUAGGUCAACCAUCAUUCAUCAACUACUUUGAUCUAGCCACCCGCUCAAAUGCCAGUGCACUGAUCGGCUCGUUGAAUGCCGUCUUCCAGGCUGGAGGCGUCAUCGGAACCCUCCUAUUGCCAGUCAUCGCCGAUAGACAUGGCCGAAAAGUCGCCUGCAUUGUGCCGUCCGUAAUCAUCAUAAUCGCACAGGCAUUCCUCGCUGGCUCGGUGAAGAUCUCAAUGUUCAUCGUCUUCCGCUUCAUUGCCGGGUUUGGCUGCUAUGCCACAGCAGCCAUUGUUCCCAUCAUGAUGAGCGAGCUUGUACCUCCCCGAUUCCGAGGAGCAUGCGUCGACGUGAUGGGCGUAGGGCUCAACGUUGGCUACACCACGUCAGGCUGGCUUGGCUACGGCUUCUCAUUCUGGACCAGUGAUGGGAGUGCGAAUGCCUGGCGAGUGCCUCUGGCCAUAGGUUGUUUUUUCCCGCUGCUCUUCGUCGCCGGCAUGCCCUUUCUACCCGAAAGUCCCAGAUGGCUUUGCAUGCAAGGGCGUGAAGCUGAGGCAGAAGAGGUGCUCAGGAGGCUGCAUGGACACCCUUCGGACCCGGACGGCGACCUCGCUCGUGCCGAGUUCUUUCAAAUUCAGCAGCAACUCGAGCUUGACAGCCACUUGGACAACUCCUGGUUCCGACUUUUCACCAAGCCGUCCUAUCGAAAGCGAGCUGGGCUCGCCAUGCUGACCAUGUUCACCACGCAGACAUCAGGCGUCCUCCUGAUCACGAACUAUGCGCCCCUGAUCUUCUCGACCUUGGGCUUGGACGCUCAUGGGCAGCUCCUAAUCCUUGCACUGCUUGUCACCAUCGGGAUUUUCGAGAAUGCACUUGGCAUGCUUCUGGUCGACCGGUUCCCACGGCCCAAGUACAUGGCAAUCGGCAUGAUGGGCUGCGUAGCUGCCUUUGCCACCGAAGCAGGUUUAGUCGCCCAGUAUGCCAACUCCCACAAUGAAAACGCGCUGAGAGCUGGCGUGGCUAUGAUGUUCGUCUUCGGUGUCUUCUACAGUCUCGGCAUCGACGGCCCCCAGUUCUGCUACCUCACCGAGAUAUUCCCAUCGCACCUUCGAGCCAAGGGAGUGAGUCUCGGCGUCGCCACAUUUUCUUUGACCAACAUCAUCUGGCUCCAAGCCGCACCAAGCGCCUUUGCCAGCAUCGGCUGGAAAUUCUACCUCUGUCUCGUCAUUCCAAGCUUCCUGCUGGCCCUCAUCAUGUGGUUCUUUUACCCGGAUACUCGAGGCAAACCCUUGGAAGAGAUUGCAGCCAUGUUUGGCGACGAUGAUGAAGUUGCCGUCCGACAGGUCGACGUGGAGAUCGACACGGCCACCCAUGAGAUUCAUGCCAAAGGCAUCAGCACAGGUAUUCACGUCGAGGAGGCUGGAAACGCCCAUCCGGGUGGCGAGAAAUAG